AUGAUUAUAUGCAUACUUUAUGCCGAGUUAACUGCACGUGUGACAGCCAUACAGAUUGCGAAGGUAACUGAUAAUUGCAAUGGUGGCGAUUAUAUAACCGAAUUUGAUGAUGAUGAUGAUGAUGAUGAUGGUGGUGGUGGUGGUGGUGGUGGUGGUGGUGAUGAUGAUGAUGAUGAUGAUGAUGAUGAUGAUGAUGAUGAUGAUGAUGAUGAUGAUGAUGAUGAUGAUGAUGAUGAUGAUGAUGAUGAUGAUGAUGAUGAUGAUGAUGAUGAUGAUGAUGAUGAUGAUGAUGAUGGGUCCUAG